UAUAAAUAGAGGGUGACCCCCCUGCUUUGCAAAUUGUACAUCCACACACAAUAAACAAAAUGACUUUUCCCGAUAAGCAAACCGCAGCCGUUUUCCACAAGCACGGUGGACCCGAGAACGUAAAGUUCGAAGAAGUCCCCGUUGGUGAACCCGGUGAAGACCAAGUCUUGGUCAACAUCAAGUACACUGGUGUCUGCCACACUGACUUGCACGCCCUUCAAGGUGACUGGCCUCUCGAUGUCAAGCUUCCCUUGAUUGGUGGUCACGAAGGUGCUGGUGUUGUCGUCAAGGUUGGCCGUGGUGUUAGCCGUCUCAAGAUCGGUGACCGUGUCGGUGUUAAGUGGAUGAACUCCUCUUGCGGUAACUGCGAAUACUGCAUGAAGGGUGACGAAACCAUCUGCCCUCACAUCCAACUCUCUGGUUAUACCGUCGACGGUACCUUCCAACACUAUGCCCUUGCCAACGCUACUCACGCUACUCUCAUCCCCGAGUCCGUUCCCCUCGAGGUUGCUGCUCCCGUCAUGUGCGCUGGUAUCACCGUCUACCGUGCCUUGAAGGAGUCUGGUGUCAAGCCCGGUCAAUGGAUCUGCAUUCCUGGUGCCGGUGGUGGUCUUGGUCACUUGGCCGUUCAAUACGCUAAGGCUAUGGCCAUGCGUGUUGUUGCCAUCGACACUGGUGAUGACAAGAAGGAACUCGUUGCCAACUUCCACGGUGACGUUUUCGUCGACUUCAAGACUGACGAUGUUGUCGAAGUCGUCAAGGAGAAGACUGGUGGUGGUGCUCACGGUACUUUGGUCUUGUCUACCUCCCCCAAGUCUUAUGAGCAAGCUGCUUCUUUUGCUCGUCCUGGCUCCACCAUGGUCACUGUUGCCAUGCCUGCCGGUGCUAAGCUCGGUGCUGACAUCUUCUGGUUGACCGUCAAGCAACUCAAGGUUUGCGGUUCUCACGUCGGUAGCCGUCUUGACUCUGUUGAGGCUUUGGACUAUGUGGCUCGUGGUCUCGUCAAGCCUUACUACAAGGUCCAACCCUUCUCUACUCUCCCCGACGUCUACAACCUCAUGCACGAGGGUAAGAUUGCUGGCCGUAUUGUCUUGGAUCUUUCCAAGUAAGCGCUUAGCUGAUUCUCCCGCUGAUGUGUUGUUUUCAAUGGGAAAGAUUUUCAAGAGCUCAGUAGGGAUUGAUUCUAGAAAUGCAAAGAAUAGGGAAAUGCCUUUUUUUUCUUCUUUUUCCUUGCCGUUUACGAUAAUCUAUAACUGUUUUCGUUAUUGAAUGGUGUAUUUUUGCCUGACGUUAAUCCAAUACACUAGUCGUGAGGCGAAAAUGCCAUUUCAAUUGCGUUGGAAAAAAAAAGAAAUGCCUCUGAACUCUUGUAUGAAUGUUUUUGUUGUACAAAUGAAAUUUAGAUGUUUUGAAUAUCGGUAAACA